AUGGAGAUUCCUCCUAUGGAUGUGGUGACGGAUGAGAUCCUUACGAAACUGCCUGCUAAAUCUCUUAUGAGGUUCAAGUGCGUCUCAAAACUUUGGUCAUCGUACAUCAGCUCACGAUAUUUCAGCAGCCGUUUCCACUCGUUCCCAUCCCGACCGCGUCCUCGACUUUACAUGUGUUUGCGGGAUCUCAGUGACCACCAUAACUCCGUAAUACUAUCAUUGGCUCCAGAAACUACGUCGUCUUCUUGCUUUGUAGUUGACCACGAUCUGACCAUCCCACAGCGGGGAGGCGCCAUCUUGCAAUAUCUUCCUGGCUUCAUAUGUUACACCUUUUGGGGAAAGCCGCGGAUCUAUAAUCCUGCCACCAGACACCUUGUCACCUUCCCCGCGGCAAUCAAAUCCAACAUCAUCAUAACUCCUCCUCCAGGAGAAGGUGCAAAAGUCGUCUCUUACUAUUUCGGACACGACCAUGUUAGCGACCAGUACGUAGUGGUAUGUUCAACUGGUGUCAGAACGAGAUUUCGUCAAGAGAUGAGGUCAGAGCAUCGGGUCUUUUUCCUAGAAGCUGGAGGAAGAGGAAUUUGGAAAAAGGCGGCUCCAACGUGUCCAGCUGACUUUCGUCCUCACAUUCCGGUCAAGGGAGGAGUGUGUAUUGAUGGGGUUAUAUAUUACCUGGGUUGGACUGAUUCGUAUAAUUCUGUGCUUGUGAGUUUCCACAUUAGAUCCGGAGAAUUCAAAAUGAUCCAAGUACCUCGCAGGGACGGAGAUGAGCUGCGUUCAAGGGUCACGGAUGUGAGUCUUAUAGAGUAUGGUGGCAAAGUAACUCUUAUUGUCCAAAGCAAUCUUAGAGAAAAGGGUAGACUUGAUUUAUGGGCCGUCGAAGAUGCCGGGAGCAAUAAAUGGUCGAGGAAGACUCUAGUUUUGCAGCCUUCUCAGCUACAUUUAGUCAAUAACGACACUAUAUUCAAAGUCAAUGGUACAACUCAAAAUGGCAAGGUUUUCUUGAUACCAGAGAAUUUGUUUUCUCCAUUUCACAUUCUCUGUUAUGAUCUUCAAAGCAAUGAUAUGAGAAAGAUCGAAAUCAAAGGUGUACCUGACCACUGGUUUAGCAAGGACAAAAUGAACGUUAUAGUGACGUUGAUGGAUCACAGUGAGCGUCUUCUUAACGUGAUGCAUACGGGGUAA